UCACACAUCUCUAAAAAACAAAAGAGGAAGGACAGAACGCGAGGACACAAAUACAGAGUCACAAUUUGUUCAGUUGAAGGAAGAGGUAAAAAGAGAAGAUCAGAAUGUGGAGGCUGAAGAUAGCAACAGGAGUGGACGGUCCCUACUUGUACAGCACCAAUAACUACGUGGGGAGGCAGAUUUGGGAGUUCGACCCCGAGGCCGGCACCGCCGAGGAGCGCGCCGAGGUUGAGGCUGCUCGCCAGCACUUCUACGACCACCGCCACCGCGUCAAGCCCUCCCAUGACCUCCUCUGGCGCAUGCAGUUCCUGAGGGAGAAACAGUUCAAGCAGACGAUCCUGCCGGUGAGGGUGGAGGAUGGCGAGGAGAUCACCUACGACAAGGCGUCCACCGCGCUGAGGCGGGCCAUCCACUUCUUCUCCGCCCUGCAGGCCAGUGAUGGCCACUGGCCUGCCGAGCUCUCCGGCGAUCACUUCUUCCUCCCUCCCCUGGUCAUGUGCGUCUACAUCACCGGCCACCUCUCCACCGUCUUUCCCACUGAGCACCGCAAAGAGAUCCUCCGCUACAUAUACAACCACCAGAAUAAAGAUGGUGGGUGGGGCUUGCACAUUGAAGGUCACAGCAUCAUGUUCUGCACGGCCCUGAACUACAUAUGCAUGCGCAUUCUCGGGGAAGGGCCCGAUGGUGGCCUACACAAUGCCUGUACUCGGGCCAGGAAGUGGAUUCUUGACCACGGCGGGGUCACCUACACACCCUCCUGGGGCAAGACUUGGCUCUCGAUUCUCGGCAUUUUCGAUUGGUCUGGAUGCAACCCAAUGCCCCCUGAGUUCUGGAUCUUGCCUUCUUUCCUUCCCAUGCAUCCAGCUAAGAUGUUGUGCUACUGUCGGUUGACUUACAUGCCCAUGUCAUACUUGUAUGGGAAAAGAUUCGUCGGCCCGAUCACGCCUCUUAUUCAACAGUUGAGAGAAGAACUUCAUACUCAACCCUACAACACGAUUUGCUGGAGAAAAGUCCGCCAUCUUUGUGCCAAGGAGGAUCUCUACUAUCCCCAUCCUUUAAUACAGGAUCUGAUCUGGGAUAGUCUUUACAUAUUUACAGAGCCUUUUCUCAACCGUUGGCCGUUUAAUAAACUUAGAGAAAAGGCUCUUCAGGUGACGAUGAAGCACAUUCACUACGAAGAUGAGAACAGUCGAUAUAUCACAAUUGGAAGUGUCGAAAAGGCAUUAUUCAUGCUUGCUUGCUGGGUAGAAGACCCAGACGGUGACUCUUUCAAGAAACAUCUCGCUAGGAUACCGGAUUACCUUUGGGUUGCUGAAGAUGGUAUGAAGAUGCAGGGUUUUGGUAGCCAAGAGUGGGAUACGGCCCUUGCCAUCCAAGCUUUGCUUGCCAGUAAUAUGACUGAGGAGAUAGCACCGGUAUUAGCUAGAGGACACGACUACAUUAAAAAAUCUCAGGUCAAGGAAAAUCCUUCUGGUGACUUCAAAAGCAUGCACCGUCAUAUUUCUAAAGGAUCUUGGACACUUUCGGAUCAAGAUCACGGUUGGCAAGUCUCUGAUUGCACUGCAGAUGGUCUGAAGUGUUGCUUGCUUUUCUCAAUGAUGCCACCUGAAAUUGUUGGUGAGAAGAUGGAGCCAGAGAGAUUAUACGAUGCCGUCAACGUCUUACUCUAUCUACAAAGUAAAAAUGGCGGAUUGCCAGCAUGGGAGCGUGCAGGAGCUCCGGAUUGGCUCGAAGUCCUAAAUCCGACAGAGUUCUUUGCAGACAUUGUUGUCGAGCAUGAACAUGUUGAAUGCACAUCCUCUGCUAUCAAUGCUUUAGUUGUGUUCAGGAAGCUGUAUCCCGGUCAUAGGAAGAAGGAGAUUGAGGAUUUUAUAUCAAAUGCCGUACAGUAUCUGGAGGCCACGCAAAUGCCAGAUGGCUCGUGGUGUGGCUUUUGGGGAGUUUGUUUUACAUACGGCUCGUGGUUUGCGCUUAAAGGACUAGCAGCUGCUGGCAAGACAUAUAGCGAUUGUGCAGCAAUGCGCAAGGGAGUAGCUUUUCUUCUACGAGCACAGUUGCAGGAUGGCGGGUGGGGAGAGAGCUAUCUUUCUUGCCCGACCAAGAAAUAUGUACCACUUGAAGGAAACAGAUCAAAUCUGGUGCAAACAGCUUGGGCUGUGAUGGGUCUGAUUCAUGCGGGGCAGGCGGAGAGGGAUCCGACUCCCCUGCAUCUUGCUGCAAAGCUGCUAAUCAAUUCCCAAAUGGAAGAUGGUGAUUAUCCCCAACAGGGAAUCACUGGGGUUUACAUGAGGAAUUGCAUGUUACACUAUGGCGCUUACAAGAAUACAUACCCAUUGUGGGCUCUGGCAGAGUAUUGUAGCCAGGUUCCCUUACCGUCAAAAAGCCUCUGAAGAAACAAGGCAUAUCAUCACAGCUUCAAUAUUGAGAAAAUGUCCAAUUCACAAGCUCGACAGAAAUAAAAACCCAUGAAUGUUGUUUUUCUUGUAUCAUGAAUACAGAUCCGAAGGACUUCCGGUCCAAGAAUAGAGGAUCCAAAUUAAGAUGAUGGUGUAACCAUUAGUCAUUUUAAUAUGAUCUAAAGUAUUCUGGAAACAAAUGCAAAUGAACAAAUACAUGUUUAUACACAUGUAUCUACACCUUAUGUGGGUGGAAGCAUCGGAGCUUUUAUAUCAUUUUUCCUAUUCCUUUUUUUCUGGUGUCGAGUAAAAAUCGUUUGUCAUUUUCCCCUUAUAAUAGAACAGGACCGACACAAGAUUCAUGGACAUUUGUUCAUUUCAAUUUUAGCAAAUAUAGCCUGUCUGAUCUGUAUAAGAUUCUAAGACGACUAUUCUUAGAUCCAUUAGCACACGCAUAUAUAGACGAUAUUGUACUUUCUUUAUCCUAAUGAAUCAAUUUAGAGA